AUGGCGCCGCCCAGACGUCCCGCUCCUGCCGAAUCUCCGGUCCGAGAAUAUAGCUCGCGGCAACGACAACACCUACAAGAUGAGGAGGCAGGGUACUUCGAAGGAGGGCUAGCGUUCUCUUCGAGGCAUGCGCGCGAUCCGUCGAAAUCGUCAUACGCAGAUACCUUCGCCUCACCCGUUACACCCACACUUUCUGCCGACCCCGUAGAGCAGCCCCUACGAGGAGGGAUCCCCGCGCCAGAACUUAGCCGCAAGAGGAGUCUGAUUCGGCCAGAGCGGAAUCGGAUCGAUCAGAACCACCCAAAUUACCACUACAGACAACACGCCGCCCACAUGAAUAUUCUCCCCUCUUCGACAGGAAACGAUCCAAUCUUGGAGGAACUGGAGGCAGAAGCUGCUGCAACAGAGACCUCCGGGCUUCGAAGCUCUGGCGAUGUAGAAUCAGACAUAUCACCUCCUCGGAAGAAAAACAGACGCGUUCGUGGCGUAGGAUCUAAGGAGGGAGCGGCUGCGGAGAUGGCUGGCGGGUCUCGGGUCCAGAAGAAAUUGAGGAGGGAAAGAACUCGCAAGAUGACGAAGGAAGAGAAGGAGUACCGGAAGCAGCUGGACGAUGUGAAGCCUCCAAGCUUCUGGAACGUGUACUGCGCCAUAGUCACUUUUUGGUGCCCUGCAUUUAUGAUGAAGUGUUGUGGGAUGCCUGCAAAGGAGCAGCAGAGAGCUUGGAGAGAGAAGGUGGGAUUGAUCAGUAUCAUUCUGGUGUUUAUGGGAUUUGUAGGUUACCUCACUUUCGGAUUUACUGCGACUGUUUGCGAUAACCCUGGACUGCGACUACGCGUCAACCACGUCGAUGCUGGAUACAUGAUUUUCCACGGUAAAGCAUACGACCUUGCCGGUUCCCACCACCCAGUUGCUAGAGGAAUCCCGGCUGGCUCAAACGUUCUCUACGACCUGCCCGAGAAGCACGGUGGUCAGGAUGGAAGCUUCUUGUUUCAGAAGGUCAAUGGAAAGUGCAAAGACUUGAUUACCUUGAGCUCGAACUCGGACGUACCGACAAAUACUGCCAAUGAUCUUGCUUGGUACUUUCCUUGUACCACUUUUAACCAAGAUGGAUCAAGUCCCGUGAACCAAAGUAACCCAUACUAUCUGGGGUACGCUUGCCAUACCUCUGCCGACGGUCGAAAUGCCUUCUACGAUCUCAAAAGCGCUGGAGACGUAUUCUUCAACUGGAACGACAUCAAGAACGUAUCCAGGAACCUGAUGGUCUAUUCCGGAAACGUUCUAGAUCUCAAUCUCUUGAACUGGUUCAAUUCGUCCCAGGUUUCCGUGCCCGCGGAGUUUGCUCAACUUGCCGACCGCUCACACUCGUUGAAUGCUGCCGUUCAUGGCAGAGAUAUUACCCACUCUUUCCAGACCAAGGACCAGAAGAAACUGGCCCAAUGUCUAGAGCAGAUUAUCAAGGUCGGAACCGUGGAUACUGAAACUGUCGGAUGCAUUGCCUCUAAAGUCGUCCUAUGGGUGUCGCUGGCUUUCAUCCUGUCCAUCGUAGGAGCGAAGUUUGGGUUGGCAUUGUUCUUCCAGUGGUUCAUGGCCCGAAAAUUCGCAGCCGCAAAGACCUCGCAGUCAUCUGAUAAGAAGAAAAGGGCUCAGCAAAUCGAGGAUUGGUCGGACGACAUAUACCGUCCGCCCCCAAGAUUUGCAGGAGAUGUUGGAAGUACUGUCAUGGGAUCGGACAGGACGAACAGGAGAGGAAGCACGUUCCUACCGACAACCUCUCGAUUCACGAGUCCGUACGCAGGAGAGAGUAACAGACUAUCCCGUGUGGGUCGCCCUCAACCGGUCACUAUGGUCAGCCAGGCUUCAACAGCGCCCCUUUUCGCCCCUAAUCCGGGUUUCGGGCAACAGAACAGCAGCCGGCACAGCCUCCUUCGAUCCGACAAUGGGUUCGGAGGCUCUGGAAGCGAUCAAGAAGGUCCUGCAGGCUUCAUCCACGAGUCUGUUGUCCCUCAGCCACCAUCCGAAUGGCAGCCUUUCGGAUAUCCUCUUGCUCAUGCUAUCUGCCUUGUUACAACUUAUUCGGAAGGAGAGCUUGGUAUCCGGACAACGCUUGACUCGAUCGCAACGACUGAUUAUCCAAACAGCCACAAGGUCAUUCUUGUUAUCUGUGAUGGUCUCAUCCAGGGCGAAGGAGAGACCAUAACCACCCCAGAAGUCGUUCUUGGUAUGAUGAAAGAUCAUUCGGUCCUUCCGGAGGAGGUUCCAGCUUUCUCUUACGUGGCUGUUUCCAGUGGCUCCAAAAGACACAACAUGGCCAAGGUCUACUCCGGUUUCUACGACUACGGUGCGAAUUCUGGCGUCCCACUCGACAGACAGCAGCGCGUUCCGAUGAUGUGCGUCGUCAAGUGUGGUACACCGGAUGAAGCCAAGAGGUCCAAGCCCGGAAACAGAGGCAAGCGUGACAGUCAGAUCAUUUUGAUGUCUUUCUUGCAGAAGGUCAUGUUCGAUGAGCGGAUGACCGAGCUUGAAUUCGAAAUGUUCAACGGGCUAUGGAAAGUUACUGGGAUUUCUCCCGAUUUCUACGAGACAGUCCUUAUGGUUGACGCCGAUACCAAGGUCUUCCCAGACAGCUUGACUCACAUGAUCUCUGCGAUGGUCAAGGACCCACAGAUCAUGGGACUCUGUGGUGAGACGAAGAUUGCGAACAAGCGGGCCAGCUGGGUUUCAGCUAUACAAGUGUUUGAAUACUUCAUCUCGCAUCAUAUGUCGAAGUCCUUCGAGUCCGUCUUCGGUGGUGUUACUUGCCUUCCCGGAUGUUUCUGCAUGUACAGAGUCAAAGCGCCCAAGGGUGGACAAAACUACUGGGUUCCUAUUCUUGCCAAUCCUGAUGUCGUAGAGCACUAUUCGGAGAAUGUUGUCGACACCCUGCACAAGAAGAACUUGCUCUUGCUAGGGGAGGAUCGUUACCUUUCGACCCUCAUGCUUCGAACUUUCCCUAAGCGAAAGCAAGUCUUCGUCCCUCAAGCCGUCUGCAAGACCACUGUGCCCGAAGAGUUCUCCGUUCUUCUCUCCCAGAGACGUAGAUGGAUUAACAGUACCGUUCACAACCUCAUGGAACUUGUUCUCGUCAGAGAUCUCUGUGGUACUUUCUGCUUCAGCAUGCAAUUCGUUGUCGCUAUCGAGCUCAUCGGAACUGUCGUCCUGCCCGCUGCCAUUACUUUCACCGUCUACGUUGUCGUCGACUCAAUUAUCGGACCUGUUCAAACCAUCCCUCUGAUCCUUCUAGCUCUGAUUCUCGGUCUCCCUGCCGUACUCAUCGUUCUCACCGCUCACCGCUGGUCUUACGUCUUAUGGAUGUUGUGCUAUCUCCUGUCCCUCCCGAUCUGGAAUUUUGUCCUUCCCGUUUACGCAUUCUGGAAGUUUGAUGAUUUCUCCUGGGGUGAUACUCGUAAGACUGCUGGAGAGACGACCAAGAAGGCAGGUAUCGAGUAUGAGGGCGAGUUCGACAGCUCCAAGAUUACCAUGAAGAGAUGGGGGGAAUUUGAGCGCGACCGCAGAAUCCGAGUUGAUGCUGGGUGGAGUAGGACCGGAAUUGGUAGUAGGGAAGGAACCCAUCUCAGCGUCCAGGCGUAUCCAGGGCAAUACCACCUAGGUUCUGACGAGUACUCGGACCUGUGA